AUGAACGUAUCAUCACCAUUAUUGGUGGUUCUGUGUCCUCAACAUCUAAUUUCUACUUGCUACUUACUGCUGUGGUGGUGUAAAAGAAUGCUACAAUCAAAACACCUAACACAUUUUUAUUUUACCAAUAAAACUAAAAGGCUAUUCUUUUGUCCUAGAUUUGGCCGUUCGUACAACCCAGAACCAUCAGCAGCGGAACUCAGAGAUGCCCUGCAAAGACCAAUAAGGAGAGGCAACAGCUUUCUCCGCUUCGGAAGAUCGCAGCCUCUCACUCUAACUACCGACGACCUUUACUCAUUACUCCGUAACUACGAAGAAGAGUAUGAGACUCCUUCUAAGAAAUCCGCUAGUUUCAUUAGAUUUGGAAGAGAUCCCAGUUUCAUCAGACUAGGUAGGUCGGGUGAUGACGACAGGGGUAAUGAACAAGGCUCCGAACUUAUGGUCAGUGGUUAUCCUCAAAGAACCAGCAGGGCCCGCGACCAUUUCAUCAGAUUGGGUCGUGAUAACGAAGAGUUGGAGAAGAACGAUUUCGAUGAAGAAGAGAACAGAAGAAAAAGGUCUGCGGAGACGUGUCAUGAUUGCCAAUCUUAA